AAAAAAAAAGAAAGAAAGAAAAAGAAAAAAAGAGACUGAGAUACAGGAAAUUAAAAGGUUUCUAAAACCCUAUCAAUAUUCAAACGUAUUCUCUGGGCUCUAUAUUCUGAGAACAAUUAAUGGUCAUCUCAAAUUCUAGAGUCUUGGAAACUCCCCUAGGAUUGUUUUGUUUGGCUUCUACUUGCUUUGAGAAGACUUUCAAGACAUGACAGACAGGCAAUGGACUUUAUGUAGAUUUGACCUGGGAUCUGAGAAAUGCUUUUGAAAACCCUGGCAACUCUGGAUGUUUGAAAGAUCAACGUGCCUUGGAAAAUUUGAGGCUUUGCAGGAACUUCUGGCAGAGGAUUAUGGGGUUUUGGAUGUGAAAUGGGUUAUUAUUAUGAGCUCCACUGAGUUUCUUUCAACUCACUUUCCAUUCUGGUUUAUCCUUUGUCUGGUCUAAGAUCUGUAUACACAUAUUUCUUGUGUGGGCUUAUCUUGAUUUCCAAAAUUUUCUCCAGCCUUAGUCUUGCUUUGGAUCUCCAAGCCUAUGUUUCACACAUGUAUUGGAUGAUAGCCCCAGCCACCCUGCUCUCCCCUCAAAUCCAAUAUGCUCAAAUUCCGCUGUGAACUUUACUAAGCAUUAAACAGUUUCUGCUUCAGCAGCUUCGGUCUUUACUAAAAUGAGAGGUUGGGUCAUCUUACCUCCUCCAGUGUAUAAGGUAACUCUAGAACAGGAAGAUGAUUGGGGUUGAUUUCUUUUAAGUCCAUGAGUACUGUCAGAUAAAGAGUUUCGUUUUUUAAAAUACUAAGACUGGUGUUUUGUGCUUUUAUUCAAAUAAUCUUUUUGCUGCAGGGCUUGAAAGUACCCUGACACUACUGAAUUAUUUGGGAAAAUACAAAUUUACUUAACAGGUUGAGCCAUGUGAAAUUACUGAAUGCCGAUAUUGACCAAUUACCAUUUAAAAAAAACUUUGACUUGUAAAUACAACCUAAUACACGGAUAUUCUUAUCAGUGAAGAAGUGCCUGCUGGAACACUGGGAGCAACAUAGGAGAUAAAGUUCCACAGCAAGAGGAGGGCGGGCUCGAGAGGAUGUGGCGGACCCGUGACGGUUAGGGCUCUCGCUCUAGAAAACCCAGACGCCGGUUGCACUUCCGGGUCUGGUUUUUCCAAGGCAGGGGAAAACUUGGCCACGCCCUCUUUACAGCGGCCGUAAAGUGAGUCUACUCGGCGCGGCCCCGCCCCUUCCGCGUAUUUUGUGACGCACGCGCCCUGGGCUUUUUGAGCGGGAAAAGGAAGCCAGGCAAACUAAGUCAGGUGCCGCGGAGACUUGCUUCUUUCGCGGAGCCCUUCCGAUUCUCAGCAUGGGGCUGUUGGCGCAAUGCGAGCAGGUGUUCGGUACCACCGACCUUUACCGGGUGCUGGGCGUACGGCGCGAGGCCUCAGACGGCGAGGUUCGGCGCGGCUACCACAAAGUGUCCCUGCAGGUUCACCCUGACCGGGUGGACGAGGGAAACAAGAAAGACGCUACCCUCCGGUUCCAGAUCCUUGGGAGAGUUUAUGCGGUUCUAAGUGACAAAGAGCAGAGAACAGUGUAUGAUGAGCAGGGAACAGUGGACGAGGACUCUACGGUGCUCAACCAAGACCGCGACUGGGAGGCCUACUGGAGGUUACUCUUUAAAAAGAUAUCUCUAGAGGACAUUCAGGCUUUUGAAAAGACCUACAAAGGUUCUGAAGAAGAACUGGCUGAUAUUAAGCAGGCCUAUAUGGACUUCAAGGGCGACAUGGAUCAGAUCAUGGAGUCUGUGCUUUGUGUGCAGUACACAGAGGAACCCAGGAUAAGGAACAUCAUUCAGCAAGCUAUUGAUGCCAAAGAGGUCCCAUCCUAUAAUGCCUUUGUUAAAGAGUCAAAACAAAAAAUGAAUGCAAGGAAAAGGAGGGCUCAAGAAGAAGCUAAAGAAGCAGAAAUGAGCAGGAAGGAGUUGGGGCUUGAUGAAGGAGUGGAUAACUUGAAAGCACUCAUUCAGAGUAGACAAAAGGAUCGGCAAAAGGAAAUGGACAAUUUUCUGGCUCAGAUGGAAGCAAAAUACUGCAAACCUUCCAAAGGAGGAGGGAAAAGAUCAGCUCUCAAGAAAGAAAAGAAAUAAUGGAAUUUUUCUCUUCAAAGAUCCUUAAGCUUUCAUCAGUGCCACUGGAGGCAAGGUGUAGUCAACACUUAAAGGAAAAAGUUAACCUAACUCUUGAGAGAAGUUGUCUUUCCAGCCCAAAUUACUUAGAUUGACUAAACCAAGUAGAAAUUGAAGCUGUUUUUAGUGUAACCUAGAAAUUACCUGACACUGUGAGAUCCUCAUGUGAAGGAAUGUGAUAGUGAAGUUGGGAGGGUGGUAUACUUCUGAUAGUACUUCUAUGGCUCUUCAUCCAUAUCUAGAAUGUGGGUCUAAGGCUAAGGACAUAGGUCAGUGGUAUAACACUUGCGUCGCUGGGUUAAUCCCCAGCACUGGAGAGGCGGGGGAAGAAUGUGGAUCUUUAUGUAGUACUUUCAGUGAUGUGCCUGUCUUUUAGACAUAGUUAGAAAGAACACUUACUUGCUGAGCAGCUGUCUUCCAAAUAAUUGGCCAGUUUGCUUUUGGUCUUAAUGAUCUUCAAUAUUAAGACCCUCUCUCCUAUUUUUUUUUCCCCCCUGAGGCAGGUUUUGUACUCCUAUUCCUGAGGUAUAGAAAAAGCAAGCGCUCAGAUUACUUCAAACAUUUUGGGAAGACUUAUAUAUGAUUAAAUAAGUAAAAAAUUAGUUUAGGAGCUUUUUAAAUGAUCCCCUAUAUCAUUUAAAUGUGAUAUAGAUAAAAUAUGGUAUUUUGGAGGAGGCCAAAAAAAUAAUCCUAGUUAGCAUGACAAUAGAAAGCCUGGUUUCUCUAGCAUAAAGAGAUAUAUGUUAUAGUCCUUUUUGAUUGCUGCUUGGUGUCCUUAGCUCCCUCUUCUGUAAAAAAAUAAGAUCUAAAGUUGUCAGAUUCUAUAUAUUAAAUAUAUACAGGAUUUUUUUUUUUUUUUUUUUUUUUUAAGUAAAAGGAAAUUGCACUGGUUUGAAGACACAAACACACAAGAAUGAGGGAAUUGGGCUAAAUAACCUUCUGACUCUUAACUUUGAAAGGCAAGCCAUAUAUGGAUCCAGUGAUUUGUUACAGGGCAGUCAGUGGACUGAUUUGUGAAAACAGUACAAAUUUUCACUUAUAUUUCUAUGAGUUGGUGGUAUGUAUUCAUUAGAAUAGAUGGAUUUUUAAAAAGGACUGUUCAAUUUAAAAUCUGAUUUGUAGACUUUUAUAUUCAAUAUACCAUAUGCAUAAAACAAACCUAUUGCUAUUGAACAUUAUGUAUAAUAAUUUAUCUAAAAGUAAGCACAUGACAGUUUUCAGUUUGUGAUUAUAAGCAAGUUAAAAAAUACUCUUGAUUGUAUUAAAAAUGUAAUUCAGUGUAAGUUGUUUGAAGCAUCUGUCCUCAAGUAUUACGUUGAUAUAAUUAGUCACCUCAAAUUAUGAUUUUGAAUUUAUCCACUCUGAAAAUUAACAAUAAGAUCUAACACUGGUAAUGAUAAUUAAGGUAAGUUCAGUGAAAUUUAAAUACAUUUAAGCCAUAGUUAAAACCACUGCUGUAUUCAUGAGUACCCUCAGGAAAACAUCCAUGGUAAAAUCUGAAGUAUGCCAAGGUUCUUUUCUUCUGCUGUUAGGAUAUGUUUAU